UUGGGCGCAAGUUUAAUUGAGUUUAUUAGAUGGAAUGCACGUUAAAGAGCCAAAAGUUAAUAGUUCAAGUGCUAUACGUAAUUGAGAACACAUUGAAACAGUCUAAACUAGCAGAUGAUGGUGUUCAAUUGGAUAUCAACUACAAUAAGGUUGACAAUUCAGCUUUUACUAAUAGAGAUGGUCUUAUCUUGAUCAGAAGUUUGGUUGAAGAACUGCAGAAACUGAAGGCUGACUAUGAAAAGAAAUCAAUGGACAGUGGGGCAAUGAAGAUGGCCAGUGAUGACCAUGAUGACAUUGAAUGGUCUUUAGUUCAAGUUAAAGCAGACAAAGCUGAGAUUGAUAGAAGAAUAUCUGCAUUCAUACAACAAAAGCAGAACGAAGUUGACAUGGUCAACAAGCGGGAAUUUUGUAAUAUAGUAGAUGCGAGCCAGGAAAGCCAAGAUGUGAGUUGUGCAAGGACUGAUGCUCUUUUUGUGCCACGAUUUGGCCAAAAAAGCCAUAUUAAAGUAACGCGUGUUGGCAACACAAGCACGUCUGACGAGGCCCAGGCUCUUGGAAAAAUCUCUGACAUCACACGACACUAUGGAAAACCUAAAGUGAUAUGCUCAGAACCAUCUGUCACAGAACGACUACAUAACUUAGAAAAUCACCUGGGAUUCUCUUCAGGAGGGCCUGUUGCGCAUGACAUUUAUGAAGUUUUGAAACAACUGGAAAACAGAGUGUUAUUUCUCGAGAGUCUUUCACCAGAAUACUUCAACCCACAUACAUUGCAGAGGAAUAGAUCGUAUGUACUAGGGAAGCAAAGUACCAUCUCGCCGUCAUAUGAGGGUAUGUCGUUGGAUGCCAUCGAUGAGCGCAUCGCAGUAUUAAAAAACUCGCUUCACCAAAAGACAAGAAAUUGAACUAAAGAAACAUAGACCAAUAAUUUUCAAGAACCGAAAACUUCUGGAACUUGUGGCUACUCCCAGCGCACCGAAACUGGACUUAUUCAGCACAAACAUGAAACAUACGGCGGUGAGAUAUGAAUAUGUGGACCGCAUAGCCCUAUGUGGUAAUGAAAUGGAAAUGAUAGAAGGUUAUAGUGCUUGAAAUGUCAACGCUCUUUCGCACGGGUUUACCUCUAUAGGUACURUAACUUUCCUUUAUUUCCAUUUCAUACAGCAGCUGCAUGGAGUACGUCUAGCCUCACCUCAGGACCAAUGGACCAUGGCGUAUCAACUUAGAUAACUUAUAACUUAUAGAACUGUUUAUUAAAAAUAUUUGUAUGGUAACAUUCAUUUAUUUAUUUGCGUAGUUAUCCAUUAUGCACAAUAGAAAUAGUUGACUGAAACUGGCGGCUUAAAGAGUUCGAUUAGAUGUUGUUGUUCUCUGGCUGAGACUAAGGAGUUACCGAUUUAAACAAAAAAUGUCGGCAUAUUUUCGCGCAACAUCCCUUGGCGAAUCGCAUGGAACUUAAGUAAACCAAUAAAUUGUGAUGACCACCGCGGCGGCGUUGACUUUGUCUUUUCCCCUGCAUGCAAUUCAAGUUUUAUUCGAAACGUUGCUACUCAAGUUAUCCAGUGAAAUAU